CUGUUAUACAUGUAGAGAGAGAAAGAGAUUAUUGCAUAAACAUAAUUCCAAUCAGCUCCCCCAGCUCUCUUUCUUCUUAUCCAAGUACCCUGGAUUUUGGUUCAGUGAGGAAGAAAGAAGGAUUUGGACGAGUUUAAGGUCAUAAAAGUGGUGCUUUUUGGGGGUUGAAUUCUGAAGAAAUGUUGGAAGACCAGUCUAGCUUGGUUUCAACGGGCUACCCGAGGACCAAGAACUUUUGGGCGUGAAAGCAAUGGGCUUGCGUGAAUUACUGGCAAGAAAAAUUGAGGAUCAGAGUUCAAUAGGCCAUUACAAACUGAUGUAGGGGGGGGUGUAGAAGUUGGUUUUAAUCUAAGCAAUUAGAUCCUCGUGAAAGAGUAGAAUUGGCUUUAACAUUUCGUGAAAUUUACAUGGCUAACCAGCGUCAUGCUGGUGAUAAUUCGGAUUCAAGUUCCCUUAUCCAUGCCAUUGGUCGGGACAUCUCAAUUUGCUGCCUCCUUCGAUGCUCAAGAUCUGAUUAUGGUGUUAUUGCAUCUUUGAAUCAGAGUUUCCGAUCGCUCAUUCGGAGUGGUGAGCUCUAUAGACUAAGACGACAAUGUAGGGUAGUUGAGCAUUGGGUUUACUUUUCUUGCCACCUGCUUGAAUGGGAGGCUUUUGAUCCCUAUGGUGACCGUUGGAUGCAUUUACCAACAAUGCCAUCCAAUGAAUUGUUUUUAUUUUCAGAUAAGGAGUCUUUGGCAGUUGGCACCGAGCUUCUUGUAUUUGGUAAAGAAAUGAUGUCUCAAGUCAUCUACAGUUACAGUUUACUGACAAACACGUGGUCAUCUGGGAUGAGUAUGAAUGCACCAAGAUGUUUGUUUGGGUCUGCCAGUCUUGGGGAGAUUGCAAUUUUAGCUGGUGGUUGUGAUUUGCAGGGCAACAUCCUCAGCUCAGCAGAGCUCUAUAAUUCGGAGAGUGGAACUUGGGAGACACUCCCAAGAAUGAUUAAACCACGGAAGAUGUGUUCUGCGGUGUUCAUGGAUAAAAAAUUUUAUGUCAUUGGAGGGAUUGGAGGAAGAGAGUCAAAGAUUCUCACUUGUGGGGAGGAAUAUAAUUUGGAUACAAGAACCUGGAGUGAAAUCCCUAACAUGUCCCCUGUGGGUGCAGCCAGAGAAGUUGGGAUGCCUGCUACAUCAGGGGCACCCCCUCUGGUCGCAGUUGUAAAUAAUGAGUUAUAUGCAGCUGGUUAUGCUGACAUGGAGGUGAGGAAGUAUGACAAGGGUAACAGGAGAUGGAAAACUGUUGGGAGGUUGCCUGAACGUGCUGAUUCUAUGAAUGGUUGGGGUUUGGCAUUUAGGGCAUGUGGAGACCGGCUUAUUGUUAUUGGAGGACCUAGAACUAUGGGUGAAGGGUUUAUCGAAGUUAAUUCAUGGAUCCCGAGUUCAGGUCCACCACAGUGGAACUUGCUUGGCUGGAAGAAAUCUGGUAGCUUUGUCUAUAAUUGUGCUGUAAUGGGAUGCUGA